AUGCUUCUCAGCCUUGGCCGGCGUGCUGCCUGGCCAUCUCAUCAGGUCCAUCUCAGAGCUUCCGUGAGGAGCUUCUCCGCCUCGCAAUGCGUCUCCCGGCAGGCCGAUGCUCCAUUCCGCCUGGCCGUUGUCGGGUCCGGCCCUGCCGGCUUCUACACGGCGUACCGGGUCAUGUCCAAACUGCCGCAGGCUCGCGUUGACAUGUACGAGGCUUUGCCAGUCCCGUUCGGCCUUGUUCGUCACGGUGUUGCGCCAGAUCACCCGGAGGUCAAGAACUGCCAAGAGAAAUUUGAUGAAGUCGCUGCCGCUCCCAAUUUCACUUUUAUUGGAAACGUAUCCAUUGGCCUCCCUGGACAUCAGUCAGAGCAUUGCACUAUACCGCUAAAGGUGCUCACGAGCCAGUACGAUUCCAUUCUAUUUUCGUACGGAGCAUCUGAAGACAAGAAGUUGCACAUCCCGGGAGAAUCAUCUCUUGAUGGUAUCUACUCGGCUCGUCAAUUUGUGGGCUGGUACAAUGGCCACCCAGAUUGCACUGAGCUUGCGCCAGACUUGUCUCGCUCCGAGGAAGCAGUCAUUAUUGGUCAAGGCAACGUCGCCUUGGAUGUGGCUAGAAUAUUGCUAGAAGAUGUAGACGUACUUAGAAAGACUGACAUUUCAGAAUCGGCUCUCGCGCAGUUGGCUCAAAGUCGAGUCAAAAGGGUCCAUGUUGUGGGUCGGAGAGGCCCAAUGCAGGCGGCGUUCACAAUAAAAGAAGUACGCGAGCUUAUGAAGCUUUCUGGAGUUGCCUUUCACGGAGUGGACAAUUCGUUGAUACCAGGCGCUCUUGAUACCCUUCCAAGAGCUGCCAAAAGACUGAUGGAAGUUCUUCGGAAAGGAACACCAACCAGCCCUGCAAAUACUCCCAGAUCGUGGUCUCUCGAUAGCUGCCUAUCACCAAAGGCCUUUGUUGGCAGCAAGCUAAAUCCUUCACAUGUGGGCGGCACCGAGUUCUACGUCACAAAGCUGGAAGAUGCGUUCAAUCCUCGAUCCUCUGUGGCUCUCACAGAAGAAACAAUAACUCUACCGUCAGAUAUAGCCUUCCGCUCCGUUGGGUAUAAGUCCGUAGCCCUGCCUGGGUUUGCUGAGGCUGGUGUUCAUUUCGACGAGAAGCGAGGGGUUAUCAAAAAUGACGGAAUGGGCCGGGCCAUACAGCUGCCAGCCGAUACUAGCAACUCCGCCGAAGCGCAGCCAUCAGCAUUGCCCGGUGUCUACUGCGCCGGUUGGGUUAAGAAUGGUCCCACUGGUGUCAUUGCUUCCACCAUGAGAGACGCAUUCAUAACAGGAGACGCUGUGGUGCAAGACUGGCUUUCAGGAGCUCCUUUCUUAGGAUCCCCAGCAAAUGGCACGGCUAGGGGAUGGGCGGCUGUCAGCGCUGACAUUGGCGCUCUAUCCAACCAAGUAGUUACGUGGGAUCAAUGGCGCCAGAUAGACCGAGUUGAAAGAGAGCGAGGCUUGGAAAAGGGUAAGGAAAGGGACAAGUUCACCAACGUUGGGGACAUGCUCAAUUCAAUCACGUAG